GUCCGUCUGUGACGCCUGCCGGUGUGCCCUGCCCCUGCGCGCCUUGGUGCCCCCCGCCCUUCUCCCGCGCGCGGCCUUCCAGAGCAGCGGCACGCUGGGGCCCCUGCCGCGCGCGUUGGUAGAGCGUCAUAGGCCCUAGUUUCAUUAUGCUAAUGUGUUUUCAUCAUCGCGUCCUAGGAGCUACGGAAGAUGACAGGUUUUGUCUGUCCUCAUGCAAAAUAACAAAAGUGCGAAUGAUAAUGAUUUGAUGUAGUUCCCGAAAAAAGCUACACUCCUGCACCAGUUCAUUUUUUUCUUUGGAUAAAGCUCACGUCCGCGCCCUUUGAGUAGAAAAUUGCCUGCUACCACACCGUUACAGUGACCGUUGGAACCGGCGAUAAUCGUCGGACUGAAACGCGUAUCCUGUGCAAAAGUAUCGCACUCGUAGUAAUCGCAGUCAUGCAUUACAAAUCUUCAUCCCAAGGUAAACCAGCAUGACAAAUUCCAUUUGGCAUGCUGAGCUAAUUUGUCAUGCGAUUUAUACUAGUACGAUACUUUUGCAGUUCAUAGCGCGCAGGGUGUACACGCACGAGGCCAGUUUCGCUGGACGCAUGGAGUGGACGGACGUCAGCGAAACCUUUGUGCUACCCUGCAGAAAAGCACACCAAUAUUACCUCCCGAAAAAAAAUUAUAUGUCAUUCUGCUUUUUUGUGUCAGAAAAAGAAAAAAAAUUGCCUGCUCGCCUGAUUAGUGAUUAUGCAGGUCCGCAUCACAAAGCACAGAACUCCGGCAACACAAAGUUUUCUAGGGUUGUAUUUUUAACGGUUGUACUUUUCAUCUCUGGGAUAGGUGCCGAAGUUGGAGGCGGUGAACCCUGACACGGGUGAGAGCCAGGCAGUUGCGUGGACGCGGAUGGUGACGGAUAUGCAGCUGGACUACUCGCAGUCCGAUUACCAGGCCGAGUUUCAAAACUGGGUGAGGGCCAAUUGGAAGGACGUCAGCGCGGAGUCCAGUGAAACCGUGACUUUUGACAAUGCUCUGACCGCGGACUUUCUGGCCCAGUGGCACGAAGGUGUGGCACGCCCGUGGUACUUGCAGGAGCACUACUUGAACCUGGCCAGGAUGUUUGGUUUGCUCCUGUGCUUGAAGUACAAGGUCAUUAACAGUGUGAUAUCCACUGCAAAAUUUUUACUAUCGUACUAGCCGUACCGGUACCACUAAUCGCGGUCACGCAUCAACACAAAUGUCAAUGUCUCACUUCUUCUUUCAUACCUGAUCCAACGUGCCAUAGUGCAUUUGCAUUUUUGUUCUUGAAAAAGUUUGUGAUGCAUUUACCAUUACCGCUAGGACGAGUUACAAUUUUUGCGAUGCAUAGCUGAGCCAGCAGUACGUGCAGUUUCGGAAGAUCGCGCAUCCUAUGACGCAAAAACCACCGCCGCUGGGCUGAGGAGCUGCUUUGGAUGAGCGUAGCGGGCGGAGGAGGCUACAGCGCCUGCAGGGUUGAAAACCUGCACAGACCCUAGGGCUCAGUACUUUUUACCGGGUUCGACUUGUUUUGAUGAGACGUCGCUUUGUUUCGUUGUUUCAUGAUCAUGCAUUCUUUAUCCAGUAGUACGUCGGAAAUAGUACUAAACAAGCACCGCGCAUGCUGAGCAUUAGCAUCAACCACACAGUACAACUUUAAACUCAACGCAGUACAACUGAGCACGUUUUUGUACACUUAUUGUCUAUUAACUAAACUCACUGUUUAUAAACAAGAUCAGGAUCUAUAUCUAAGUUAGAGUUAUUCCCGAGUUGGGCAGAUGUCUAAGGAGAAGGACCCGAGCAAGGACCAUUUUGUCGGAUGAACUUGGAUCAGAUACGAAGGGUUGUUUUACAU